CCUUUUUCAUAUUAUGUCUUCACACGCCAACAUGGCCACAUCAAAGAACGAAAACCUCAACUAUCCAUCCCAAGAAAUGUUUUCGAUUCAGUUCAUCUGGAGUCCACAAAUUUAACGAAGGAAAAUAAAAUGAAUUAUGACCUUGUCGAUCUAGAAGUUGCUAGAUACGCCGCUGGAAGGGCGAUUCAAAUCAGCGACGAGGAAGAUAAGCGGCUCAAGCAACUGAUCGACAGACGAAUCCUCGCCGCAAUGGUGGGAACCUACUUUCUGCAGGGCCUCGACAAGUCUAUUAUCUCUUUCGCGUCAAUUAUGGGCAUUCGCGAGGAUACCCAUCUAGUUGGAUCUCAGUAUAACUGGCUCACUACAUGCGUUUAUCUUGCAGUGCUUGUGGUUGAAUAUCCGACCAAUUGGCUGAUCCAAAGACUUCCCGUUGCCAAAUAUUUAGGUGCCAAUAUCAUAGUGUGGGAUACAGCCCUCGCGUGCGCUGCUGCAUGCCAAAACUCCGCCGGCCUCGCUACUACUCGUGUCAUUCUUGGUAUUUCGGAGGCAUGCUGCCAGCCCAUCUUUGUAAUUCUAUCGAGUACUUGGUAUAAGCGAGAGGAACAGGCGGUAACCUCAAUAUACUGGACAUCACCCGUCAAAGAUUGGAAAGUGUUAUUCAUGACCUACGGCCUAAUUAAUGUCAUUUGGGGCUCUUUUAUCCUGUUUUGGAUUCCAGACUCCCCAAAUAAGGCCAAGUGCUUUACUGAAGAAGACAAGAAGCUUAUAAUUGACCCUUUUGCGUUUGCACUCAUUCAACUCUGCACCACUAUCCCAUCAGCAGGACUUGGCGCCUUCUGCAGCCUUCUCAUCCAAAGCUUUGGCUUUGAUGUCAUUCAAACACAACUUCUGUCCAUGAUUUCUGGGGUAGUUCAGGUCGCUGCCAUGGUGACUGCCGUAUGGCUCGAUAAAAGAUACAAGCAUUUCACUUUGACAAUGAUGCCUGCCCUAUUACCUUCUAUUGCGGGUAGUAUUGUCUUUCUCACAGUGGCUAGAUCAGAUCAGUCUCGUGUGGGUUUAGUGGUCGCCUACUUUUGCAUCUGGACCUUCCCCGCUGCAAGUGGUCUUUUAUUAUCUGUCAUGUCCCGAAACAUCGCCGGACAAACUAAAAAGGCAACUAUCAUCGCUUCAUCGUUCGUAUGUUGGUCAGCAGGGAACUCGGUAGGACCCCCAGGUUUUCAGACCCACGGAUGCACCAUGAUAUUUUAUCGCCUUAUCUACACAAUUAGCGUGCUGGAUGGUGUUGUUAUCACGCUGCUGUCUUUGCGUACUUAUUGUGUUGCGCAAAAUAAGCGCAAGGAGAAGCUCAUCAGAGAUGGACUGGCCGUUGAGGACACAGAGUUUGCACAUAGCUACGAAGACAUGACGGAUAAGGUGAAUAUGUCAAAACAUCGCGCCUUGGAGGAAGUACUGACCACUUCUCCAGAAAGAUGUUAA